AUGCCGGCCUCGAAAAGAGAGCUGCCGCGGUUCAAGACCGUGCAGACACUGAAACUGGACUAUGCUCCGGUCCAAAUCACGCAGUAUGAAUCUACUCGAACUGGAAUGCGAAUCGCUGUAGUCGACAAGCCUGGCCCCAAGGUUGAAGGCGAGUUUGCUCUCGCCACCGAGAUCAACGACAAUUCGGGCUCGCCACAUACGCUGGAACAUCUCGUAUUCAUGGGAUCGAAGAGCUAUCAAUACACUGGUCUGCUAGAUAAACUCUCUUCCCGCGCAUUUUCAACGACAAACGCUGGCACGGCAACAGAUUACACAUCCUACUCACUGAAAACCGCUGGAUGGGAAGGCUUUGCACAGAUUUUACCUGUGUAUCUCGAGCACAUCGUUGUUCCCACCCUCACCGAUGCCGCAUGCUACACAGAGGUCCACCACGUCGACGGCACUGGCCAUGAUGCUGGUGUAGUCUAUGCCGAGAUGCAAGGCCGCGAAAACUCUUCAGGAGACUUGAUGGAGUUGCACCGCAGAGUUCUGAUGUAUCCGGAAGGAAAUGGCUUCCGCUCCGAGACCGGAGGAAUGACCAAGGAGUUACGAGUGCUCACAGCAGACCGUAUCCGAGCAUACCACAAGGAAAUGUAUCAGCCAAAGAACCUUCGCGUGAUUGUCACAGGAGAGAURGAUCAUGAUGAGCUACUGCAGAUUCUCGACGACUUUGAGAGCACGAUCGUGGAUGAUGUCCCUACUCUGGAGGCGCCAUUCCGAAGGCCGUGGGUUGAUUCAAAACCGACACCACGCCUGGCGGAGACGAAGAUCGACACAAUACAGUUUCCGGAGGAGGACGAGUCGAUGGGUGAGGUUACUGUGGGCUAUCUCGGACCCUCAUGUGAUGAUGCUUUGGGUGUGGCUGCUGUCUCCGUCUUGCUGUCGUACCUCUGUGGCGGCCCGAUUAGCGUGCUGGAGAACACACUUGUGGAGAAGGAGCAGGUUUGCAGUGGAAUCUACUAUGAAUUGGAGACGCGGCCCGAUACCGUCAUUUGGUUUGACAUGACUGCUGUGGAGACUGAGCGACUCAAGCAAGCUUAUGAACGCAUGAUCUCAGUCCUGAAAGAAGUCAUUGAGAAGCCGCUAGACAUGUCAUACAUGCGAGAUUGUCUCAAACGUGAGCGCCGACAGAUCAAAGAGCGAGCCGAAACCGCAGAGGACUUCUUCACUCAGUCCAUUAUUGAAGAUCAUUGCUUCAGUAACAGAGAUGGACGCUCCUUGAAGGAUCUCGAGAACCUUAAAGAGCUCGACACACUCGAGUCCUGGACCGAGAGCGACUGGAAGCGUGUAAUUUCCAAGGUCUUCGUAGACAACCACCAUGUUUGCGUCCUGGGAGAGCCCAGCAAGGCACUCGCCACCAAACUUGCAGAUGACGAGAAAGUCCGAGUGAAGGCGCAACAAGAUCGUCUUGGCGAGGCGGGUCUCAAGGACUUGUCAGAGAAGCUGGAAAGAGCCAAAGCCGAGAACCACAAACCGAUCCCCGAUUCCAUCUUGGAGGCAUUUCCGGUUCCCAGCACAACUUCUGUCAAUUUCAUCACAACUACAACCGCGCGCGCUGGUGCUGCUCGCAGAAUGGGAACCCUUUCAAAUCCCAUCCAGCAGAUUGUCGACAAAGCCGACACGAGCGCAUCUCCUCUGUUUGUCCACUUCGAACACAUUCCCUCCAACUUUGUCUACAUCAAGCUCUACCUCGGCACUGCAUCUCUUCCCACAGAACUUCGUCCAGUGCUGAGUCUGUACCUGGCCAACCUCUUCACAACACCAAUUCGCGACCCCAAGACCGGCGCACGGAUAGAAUUUGAAGAUGUGGUGUCUGAUCUGGAGAAAGAGAGUACGUCCUACUGGAUAGACUCUUCAUAUGGCAAUCAGCAGAUGCUUGCGCUGCGUGUUGUUACGGAGCCAGACACUUACGAAUCUAUCAUUGCGAAGAUUCGAAGUGUCUUGUUCGAUGCCAUUCAUGAUCCAGUCCGUCUACACGCUUCAUUGACGAAGCUGCUCGCGGAUAUUCCAUCAGAGAAGAGAGAUGGAAGCUCGAUGGUUUAUGCCGUGAACUCGAUGAUUCAAUCUACGAGAAAGUCCAACCGCCGAGCCACCAACACCCUCACCAAAGGCGUCUAUUUGAAGCGUCUGCGGAAGUUGCUGAAGAAAGAUGAUGGCGAAGCUACGGUUAUUGAGAUGCUUGACAAGGUCAUCAAGAGUCUACAUCGCCCUGAAAACCUCAGGAUAUACGUUGCUGCGAACGUGGAGAAGCUGAAGAAUCCUGUGGAUGCGUGGAAGGCUCUCUUCCCAGCUGGUACGGAUCUGAGCAAGGAAUUGGAGCCUCUUGAUGAGCUAAAGUCGACGAUUUCUGAGACCGGCAAAAAUCCAGGCACAUCCGCGGUUGUCGUCCCAAUCCCAGCGAUCGAUUCCUCCUUUGCCUAUUUCACGGCUCCCGGUCCCGACUCAUACACCCAUCCGGAUCUUCCCGCUCUCAUGGUAGCAAACGCCUACCUGCGCGCCGUAGAGGGUCCGCUCUGGGUCGCAAUCCGUGGCACAGGUCUAGCAUAUGGAACCUCUGUGCGCCGCUCAACCGAUCUCGGAACCAUCCAUUUCAGCAUCGACCGCAGUCCUGAUUGCUACAAAGCUUUUGUUGCUGGUCGCGAGGAAAUUAACGGAUACGCAGAUGGAAGCAAGCCACUUCAGAAGCUCGCUAUUGAGAGUGCUGUCGGGGAGAUUGUCUUUGAAAUGGCGGACGAAGGUGCAACGAUGGGUGCUGCUGCGGAUGAGAGCUUCGUGGCGCAGGUCUUGCAUGGUGUACCCAAAGAUUACAGCAAGCAGAUGUUGAAGAAUAUCGGCAUGGUCAGUGCGGAGGAGGUGCGUGCGGCGAUUGGAAAGUGGCUGGUGCCGUUGUUUAAAGCUGAGACGAGCAAUCUGGUCAUUACUUGCUCGAAGGAUAUGGCGGAGAAGAUGGYUGAGAGGUUCAGUGCCGAGGGAUGGAAAGCGGAAUGCAAGGGACUGGAGGCUUUCGAGGACGACUAUGAUCUUAAGGCUGUAGAUGGAGAGAGCGAAGAUGAGGAAAGCGGAGAUGAUGAGGAUGACGAUGAGGAUGAAGAUGAUGAAGAAGAAGAGGACGAUGAUGAGUGA